UAUCCAGAAUCUUCAGAAUUUAUAGGAAUUUUGAAACCUCAAUUUGGACCAAUCUCAAAUAACAAAAUUGCUAUUUUUGGAGAUGAUUUCUGCAAUUUACUUGGAGCUAAUCUGGAAACACCCCAUCCCUAG